UACGUUGCUAUGCCUUGCCAAAAAGGACAAGAUUUCUUGUGUGCUUCCUCAUAUGAUCACUCGUUUCAAUCCCAACUUUUUCUCAAAAAGAGAUUCAAUCGAAUCUAAACAAAAAGAGAGAUAGCCACUUUAACACUUCGAAAAAGAGAGAAAAAAGCUGUCCAAGAUGAACACUUCUUGUUUCCCCAACACCUCACAAGGGUUUCAACAGAUCAUGUACGCUGGUGUCACCGAAAACAUGGUUUCUUCUUCCCUAGAAGCGACCUCCGGUGUCGAUGCUCACUCAAAUUCUCUCCUCUACAGCCUCUCAGCCCUCAAAGAAAAGGUCAAUCAAGUGCAAUCACUAGUCUCCAUCUUCGUCUCCGCCGAUCAGAACCAACAGGCCGAGUCAACAGCCAUGGCUAUAGCCAGCGUGGGCACUUUGAUUCAAGAAAUCAUCGUCACCGCCUCUUCGAUGAUGUUCACUUGCCAACAGAUGGUUCUCGGUUCAAAUUCAAUACCAGAGGUGAACAAUAACACCGGUGAAUUACGAAACCACCGCGAUAAUAAGCUCCAUGAAAGAGGGCAAGGCUUAUAUUCAUCAGGCGAAACUCUGGACUGGUAUGGCGAAAACUACAAUAAUCCCAUCGCUGUUAGAGACAAUAAUAAUGAAGCGGGAAGGAGGGAUGAAUUUCCUGAAAGACACGGAAACAGUGAAAUUUCACAAGAUAUUAUCGAAUUGAAUGUCGCGGACUUAUUGGCAAAGUACACUCAUUAUUGCCAAGUUUGUGGAAAAGGGUUUAAGCGCGAUGCGAAUUUGAGGAUGCACAUGAGGGCUCACGGAGACGAGUAUAAAUCCAGCGCGGCUCUGAGCAAUCCAAUGAAGAAUAGGGCUGAAAGUACAAAUACAAACAAAGAAAAUAUAAAAAUAGCGAUGAAGUACUCGUGUCCGCAAGAAGGGUGUAGGUGGAACAAAAAGCACGCGAAGUUUCAGCCGUUGAAAUCGAUGAUCUGCGUGAAGAAUCACUACAAGAGGAGCCAUUGUCCGAAGAUGUACGUGUGCAAGAGGUGUAACACGAAGCAGUUCUCGGUGCUGUCUGAUCUGAGGACUCACGAGAAGCACUGUGGGGAUCUCAAAUGGAAGUGCUCGUGUGGUACCACUUUUUCUAGGAAAGAUAAGCUUAUGGGUCAUGUUGCUUUGUUCGUCGGCCACACUCCGGCAACAACAACGAUGACAAUCAAUUCGUCAUCGUCGUCGAAAAUUGGAAAAGUUGAACAACAUGAUCAAGUGCCAAUGAGAGUGUAUAAUAAUAUCUAGGUAAAAAUUAUUGGCCAAUAUUAGACUUUGGCUUUGUAUACCGAAAAUUUAGUGUUAGCUUUGUUUCUUUUUGUUAGUUCCAUAUGACUUUUAGCUCUUGCAUGGCUCUCACCUUUUAGAUGGUCUCCAUCCUGGUUGUGUCUAGUCUGCAUUACAUCUUUGUACGAUGUAUUUGUUUUCUUUCUUUAUAAAUAUCUGUUAUUUCCAAAAAAAGAAAAAAAAAUAUUGGAUUAUAUAAGAGAUCUUCCUGGUGGCUACAAAUUUUUUA